AUGGAGCCGAUAGAACCAGCGCAGCGGCUGGAGCGCCCUGUGGCGCCGCCUCUCUCGCCAGAGCGCGACGAUGAUAUUGAUGAGGACGAGGAAGACGAGUCGGACGUCUCUACCGAGAUCGAGAGUGAGGUGCUGAGCCAGCAGUUCAAGAGCCUUCCCUGGCCCUUUCCUGCUGUAACCUUGUCGCUGGGCAUCUCGCCCAGCGCGUCGACGCGGCGCGGUAUAUCACCAUUGGCGAGCGAUCAGCAGACGUGCGUAUCUGGCUCAUCCUUGACGGUGUGGUCUGGCGCGCAGGUUGUCUACGGCGGUGGCACCGGCACUGUUUGGGCAUCGGGGCUCGGUUUCAGCCGAUUUGAGAAGUUACGCGCACCGCCCCGCAGCGGCACCAGUGGUGCGUCGCCACGCGCCGGCGCCGGUGCAGCCAGCAAGGGACUGAUGACCACCAUUGCUACCCCCACGCCUGCGACGCGUCCUAUGGCAGGUACCACGCCCGCGACUAUCGCACCCAUUACAACGGUGACAUCUUCGCACUGCGAGCUAACGUCCAAAAAUUUGGACCGGUUGCGUGAGACUCGAGGCCCGUCGGAUGCAUUGCAGGUGGCGCACUGGAAAGCGAAUACACAAAGGACAGGGGUGCCUCUGCCGGCGGUCAUCGCGGUCGGCCGAGCGCGUAGCGACUACGCAGCCGGGCCGGGUGGCACACGAGUGUCACGCGCGUCGGCAUUGCUGAAGCAGCAGGCAAUGCCAGCAUGGCAGCGCGGCGUCAUUUAUAGCGGUGCUCGUGCGUUAGCUGAUGUACCAGCACGCGUGGCAGCGACGACAGCGGCGAAGAGUGACGAUGGUCUCAAGGCAAGCGUGGACGGGCUACGGGAGGAGCAGAGCGCAACUGCAGACGGAACACGCACAACGAGCUUGACUCCGCCUUCCGCUGUGGGACAGGACGCGCACAGUUGCCAUGACGACUGCCUCCCACUGCGUGCCGAAAAAGACGAUGACAGCGACGGACGUCGUGGAGUCGCGAGCGGGGAUGGGGCAACUGCCACGACGGCGCCUCAGUUUUCCCCCGCCGCCACACCACUAGCGGAGGCGGCGCCAGGCGUAUCACACUCCACGAAUAAGGGGGAUAAUGCCCAUGCGCUGGUUAAGCACCAACAUCUGGGCCCCGCGAGGGCUCAUUAUCAGGGUCAGAUCUUGCAGCUCGAGGACUGCACAGCGACUGGCAUCGAUGAAACGAGCUUGCUCCCAUGGCGAGCGCAGGCGUCGAGAGCUGCUACGCGAGCUGGUGCGACCACCACCGGCUCUACCACUUCUGCCACUUGCGGCGUUGUGCACGGCACUCGUACAAAUCUUGCAUCGGCGUCCGUGGGGGAAAAGAAGAGCGCGCUGGGGACGUCAUCGCAGUAUAUGACAGGCGGGCGUGGGGUCCAGGCUCCACGAGGCAUCUCUGUCGCAGGCCGCGGCACUCACAGCGGGACGCUGCUGCCGUCUAGCGUUCCCCCAUUUGAGAAAGAGGUCGAGCACGAGAGAAGCGAAGCGGUGUGCGGGACGAAGCAGUUGCCCUUGGCUGACCAUGUCAGAGAGCCGAAUGAUCAGGCUUCCAGUGGCAUCGACGACUUGCUGGGCAGCUGUAACGUGGGCAUGGUAUCACCGAAGAAUGCACGCCGACUCGUCGUCCACUUACCAACAUUGCCGCAGACCCACCCGGCUGUUUCCUCUCUCAUCUCAGAGAAAGCGAACCGUGAUGGGCUCGAAGCAGAGCUGAGGAGUGUUGAUCAGCGCAACAACGAGGCAGUAAAUCACAGAGGCGGCGCCGAAGGCAUGCCGUUGUCACCGGCGCUCACUCAACGGGUGACGUCUGUGCUGAGCAGCAGCAGCCCCACCACCUCCUCGCGCCCUCCGUUCCUGUCGCUUACCGCCAUUGGCGUUGGGUCAGCCACGUCGGGAGUUCUUCGGUCUGCCACGCAGACGUCUCCGAGGUUGUCAGCCGCUCUUCAGAGAAUCACCAUGCCACACAAACCGCAACAGCAAAUGCGCCCCGCCGUCAUAAUUUCUUCUACCGGCACGACCGAUGUGCCCCUGUCUCACCAGCUGCUAACGACCGUGACAGUCACCUCGCCCAGCAACACGGGCGACUUGCACACCAGCGUAGCGCAGGGGUCUCGGCUGGAUCCAUCGCGGUGUAGCGCCGUCAGGACAGGAAUUACGAAGUGCAGUGUCUCAUGUGACACCCGUAUGCCGUCCUCGGCAGAUUGUCUACCGAGCGUCGGCAGUACGCAGCCGCCGCUGUCGCUGCGCACCCCCGACGGUGGUGGUGGAUUACGUUGGCAGCUGAGCGCAAGCAGCCACACGUCCAGCGCCGGCGCCUCUGACCAGCGCUCGCGCAGCGGUCGUGCUCAUAACGCCAACUCCAUUUCCUCUGCCUCUAUGGCGUCCUCGUUACACGAGGUGUGUGCGCCUGCCGCUACCGCAGAGCACAGCAGCACAACGGUGCCAUCCUUUCACAGCGGACUGAAGUCGGAGAUGCUCUUGACCUUGGACGAGCAGGCUGGUGCAGCCGGGCUGAACAGCAACCAUGUUGACAGAGGCAGCAACACGACUGUCGCAUCGACCAAGGCUACCACGCUCAUUUCAGCGGCUCCUGCACCCGCAACGACAUCGGCGGUGCGCGACCCUCUCAGUGACAGCGCUGACAAGCCACAGAUCGUUGCAGGCGCUUCGGCGGAGGUGGCACUCGCCACCUCGCCACCCGCCGGGAUUGGUGCCGGCAGCAGUGAAAAGUACAGAGGCUCUUCCGUACAACCCGCCUCACGUGUGCGGCGCACACCACCUCCAGGUUGGCAGCCGCGUGUGGGAGGUCGCAUCAACCUUGCAGACCGGCGCACCUCGAAACCCGUACGCCUUGGAAAUGCCGCCCUCACGCCCUCCGAGGUGACCAGUUCGGUGACACAUGCGAUGACGUGUGCGGUGCGUGAUCGACCUCGCACAUUGGCGUCGCUGGACGGCUGUGUGGACCAGUCACCUGUGCAGGCCGCUGAUACCGCUGGAAGCGAUAUCGAUGCUGCGGGGCCAUCUGUACAAGCGGAUGCUUCAGAUUCCCCCAGUGCAGCUGUUGUUACACCUAGCAGUGGUAACGCGGAGAUGAUGCCGAGCAUGCGGAAGUUGACACACUCGCGAACUCUUAUGCAGGCAGAUCGCAGAUCCAUGGCGCUGGUAUUGCCUAGCCCAGAUGACGACGGUGCUGGCAAUGGAGUACCAGCGGCUGGCGUACGCGGGUGUCCAGGUCAUAGUCGACCUCGCUCUCACAGUCUGCCGGCUGGGGCGUUGCCGAGUGCAGGCGACACUUCUGCGCGACCCUCGAUUGACCUUUUGUCGCUAAAGAAGCGCAGUGCCCGGAUCGACCAGGCGGCAGCGAGGCAACCACUGCAGCAGCAGGCACAUCGGCCAGAGUCACUCCCCUACGCCGCACCCGGUGCUGGUGAUGGCGGUGGUUGUGGCCUGCGGCAGGAGGAAUCGCAUCACACCCUUCACAACCCGCCGGUCGCGCACACCAACAAGGUCAAAGGCAACAUCCGCACAGCCCCCUCUGGCAAUACGGUGGCCGCUGGCGGCGACGCGCUAGGGCAGCUGUUGCUGCUGCACUCCAUGCAUGCCAUAGGCGAUCCAGGCAGCAGCUUGGAAAGGGAAGCGGAGCGGGCGCCUGGUCGACUACCGACGUUGGGGUCAAACUCUACCGGAGCAACUGUGAAUCCAGCGUGGUUGAGCUCACCCAACGACUUGGGUAUAGUCGGUGGCCAUGGUGAUCAGUCGCGGGUGUCGGCGGGGCGUCGGAAGACUGUUUCAGUGAUUCGUGAGAGUCCCUCAGCUCGAUCGCGUUGCAACACCUGCGGCGACAGGAGCGGUAGCGACACGGACGGUCAUCACCGCUACUACCCUAGCCGUCUCAUCACGCUAUCCGACACGGUGGAGCCGCAGGAGCAUUCCCAUGAUGACGGCGUUGGAGAGAGCCAAGAACGUUCUAAGCGCGCACCUGCGCGAAAGAAACCGCCGCCGCACCGCCGCCGCUCCACUAAC